AUGAUCGAUCUUGUCAUCGGCGAUUUAAACGAUAUCGAUGUCAACAUUUUCGAGGCGAAAAUGAACGGCGAUCCUUUCGAUGCGAUAAAUGACGGUCGAUUUCAACAAAACGUGGCUGAUUACGUCUGGCUGUGCGGAUGCAAUCAAUUUGUGGGUGAUGUUCAUAACAGUUACGGGAGUUUGUUCCUCGCUGAUGGCAAAGGCGAUGACUCGUGGCGCGCAGGUGAUUGCGACGUGACACAUGUGAAAGGACGAUCUUGGAGGAAAGUGACCGUCAAACAGCCAGGUUCAAGAAACCUUUUCGCCGGUGGAUGCUUCCUCAACCGGUCCGCUAUUUCCAUGAUUCUUCCCGUGAUGUUUUCAAAAGCCAUUGAGUUUACGAGUGUAUCCAGCUUUCUAUUGUCGCCGGUCAUAGGCCAAUCGCAGCCAGAGGACGCGGAGGACCUUUGGCUCCUACGCAGUAACAUGCGCAUUGAUCCCGGAAACGAGGCGGUGGUGCCGGAGGGCUGGCCUCUGACGUUAGGCGGCAGCGGCCUGAUCCUGCAGCUGGGCGAGCUCGAGGCGUCCGCGCUGCGUCUCGGGGAAUGUUACCUCUGCGUACGCAGCGCGGCUGCUGCAACUGCUGCAACUGUAACCACCUCGUCGGUCAGCGGCGCUACGACCGCCGGUGAAGCCGCCGAGCAAAAUACCGUUGAGAUAGCAGUAGUCUGGCGAACUACGUCGAUGAGGGCCCCGGGGAUUUUGGGUUGGGAACGUGAAGACGAGUUUAUGGACUGGCGGGACCUGACGCACAAGGGUCAGCCGAGCUCGUCGAAUACGACGAGCGCAAAUCUCAGUGGAGCGCAGCCCUCGAGCGCGAUGAAAGCCAUCGGUCGUCCGCGACGAAGAUCGCGCGAGGAUACGCGUCCUCGGACGCGCGAGACUAACAGAACCAGCAGCGCCGAGCAUCGUCGGGAGGAGACCAGAUCGAUCGAUAGGCUGGAGCACCAGUUCUGUCACGCGAUCGGCGAAUCCGGUCACACCGCUACAGUGAUGAAGUCCAGAUCCGCGUCUAGCGUUGACGCUUGGAAAGAAGAUCUUGAUGGUGAAGUCGAUCGAAGCUCGGGUCGCAAAGCUCGCUCUAAAAAUUCCUCUAGUCCCACCGGCGGCGACGAGAGCCGCGCUAAAGUGAAACGUUGCGCCAAGGUGGUCUCCCCCACAACGAUGGAAAAGUGGAAGGAGAGCAGUAGAUGCGAAAUCCGCAGUAGGUCGGUCGCGCCGGAGGACCUGAAGAGUCCUCUGCAAUUUGAAGAAAGUAUUCUGCGGCGGGACAACGUCGCCGAUGAUUCGCCGAAAGAUCUUGAGAACAGAUUGCGGAACGCAGGUGGUCCGGACGACAUCAGCGACGAGGAUCUGCCGGCAUACAUAGGCAGUCUGCUCGUCACCGUUGAGAGAAAAAUUGAGAGGGUCUCACUCGACGAUAUGACGUUCCCCUGUCCGGCCUGUAGAAAUAUAGACACGGACGAUCCGCUAUUGGGAUGCAGAUGCGCCGGCGACGACUGCGGCUGUGGUGCCGGCGAGGAUAACUGCGACUGUUCCGCGCCCGUUUCGCGAAAGGAACAAUCCGCGAAGAGCUUCGAAGUGGCGGGAAUCAAGCAUAUUGACAGCGACGACGAGGAGGAAGUACGGAUGGGAUUCGGAACCAAAAAGCGAGUUGACGAAAUAGCAUUACCAAGAACUAUUCACGAUUUGCCAGAACACGUUCUCACAUGUGGCCUGUCACUUCCCGGAUAUUCGGAUGUCAUCGGAAGACCGGUUAUCGAGUUCGAAUACAAUGUAUCCACGAGGGAAACCUUCUCCGUUAGAGAGACGUCGUCUUUUCUGCUCUACCUCGCUCGUCUGCCCAGCUCCAAUUGUACGAAAAAUGGCUUCACUAUUUUCAUACGCGGCGAUUCUAAGGAGUGUCUGGAGUUCGUGGACAAAGUAUUGGUCCUGCUACAGGGCAGAGUCGACGUAGCUCAGACUCUCAUGCUUCAGAAUGCCGCAACAACGGAUGGCCUGGUCGAUUUUGUUUUGCUACCUCUAAGUAGCGUCCAGAUCGUCGCCGUGAAUGACGCCACUCUUGCCAAGUAUAUUCCCAGGCGAGAAGAAAAUCACGACCAGAUGCAAUGGAUCGCUUUUUACAAGGAGUACGACAGCCUCAUGACGGAGUGGCAAUCGGCUGGUCGCAGAUUAGCCCUCGAAAUGUCGGAGCUGAAGGAAUGCACAAGCCUAUCCGGCACUUUGACGCCUCUCGGUCGGCUCCUCACGGACCCCACAUUGAGAAGAACGUCUAGAGAUGCCGAAGAGGCCAUCGCCGCGCUCGAGGAACGCGCGGUUCCACUUCUGCACAUCGAGCACGUUAGAUUGUCGGUGAAACGAGCCCGAAGACUGGUGGAGGAGGUGGGUAAGGCCGCCACCAGGCUGGAGUCAUCGUUUGAGUCGCGACGCGCGACUAUCCGCAAUCUCGCGGUUCUACGGAGCAUCGAGGAUCAGGCGCACGAGAUAUUAUCGUGGCUUUGCAAGAAGGGCGAAGAUAUUCUAUCGAAGCACGCACAACAUACAGCGACGAACUUGACGUCGGCACGUCUUCAUGAGCGAGAAUUUGAAAAAUUUUAUUUUACGUCGAUGAUACACCUGGAUAAGGGAAGCGACCUUGCCGAGGCGGCGAGCGCGAGCGGACUUCGUGAGCUCGCGAGAUCCUUGAAGCAGCAUUUGCGAGGAUUCGGCUCCCGCUUGGAGGACAGACGGGAAUAUCUGGAGGACACGUCGAGAUGUUGUCUCCUGCAGGAUCGCGCCUACGAGUGGGCGCAGGAGGCUCGCCUGGCGAGCGAGAGAAGAUCCCAGCAAUUCUUGAUGGCGAGGCCGCCUCUACCGCCCGAACAUUUUACCGAGAUGAUGACCUUAGCGGAGAAGCUCGGUAACGAAGUCCUUCUGGAACAAUGUCGUAUCGCUCGAAACAAGUGCGCGGAAGCCCUCGAAAUCGCCAGGACCACGUCCGCUCCGGGAAGUCCCGGAAGAAGAAGAUCCUUCGCUGCUUCCGAAUCGACUUCCUGGGAUGAUACCUUGGCCAAAAGAACGUCCUGGGAUGAUAGUGACAGCAGUGCAUCUUAUGCUUGUCCGAUGGAAAGUGUCGGAUCAGCUGGUAGCGGUGGUCGACCGGUCUUGGAUAAUAUUGCUGAACUUCGAGAGAGUGCCGAGCAACUUCUGGACUGCUCACCCCCGCGUACACCUCCACGAAGUCCAGCACCACGAAGGCUGGUUAAACCGCCAGUGAAUUCGCAUCUUCAUAGAUCAGCUAGCAUCGCGCCAGGAAUGAAGGCAAAAAAAACAAUACUGCUCAUAAUGAGGGAGAUGAUACAGACUGAACGAGACUACGUAAAGUCCCUCGAGUACAUAAUAGAGAAUUAUAUCCCGGAACUCGUGCGGGAAGACAUUCCGCAGGCUCUUAGAGGACAGAGAAACGUCAUUUUCGGAAAUGUUGAGAAGAUAUAUGAAUUUCAUAGUCAACACUUUCUACGCGAACUGGAACAGUGCGAACAAUCGCCUAUGUUAGUGGGACAAUGCUUCCUCCGACAUGAGAAGAAAUUUUAUCUUUACGCCUUGUACAAUAAGAAUAAACCAAAUUCGGAUUCGUUGAUGGCGGAAUACGGCACGAACUUCUUCAAACAGAAACAAUUAGAGUUGGGGGAUAAAAUGGACUUAGCUAGUUAUUUGCUAAAGCCGGUUCAGCGAAUGGGAAAAUAUGCUUUGCUACUUCAGCAGCUGGUCAAAGCCGGCACGGAUUUAUCCGAACAGUUGUCUGGUAAAGAGGAGAAAGAUGAAAAGGAAGAUAGUAUGAAACCUAUGGUAGAAGGCGAAGCUGAUUUGAGGGCUGCCGAGCAGAUGGUGCGAUUUCAGCUUCGACAUGGUAAUGAUCUUUUGGCGAUGGAUUCGCUUCGCGAUUGUGAUGUAAAUGUAAAAGAACAAGGCAGGCUAUUACGGCAAAACGAGUUUUUGGUCUGGCAAGGAAAAGGCAAAAAAUGUUUACGUCAAGUCUUCCUGUUUGAAGAUCUUAUACUUUUCAGUAAGGCAAGAAGAUUCCCUGAUAGAAAGAACCUUGAUAUUUAUAUCUAUAAACAUAGCAUUAAAACGACAGAUAUCGGCUUGACUGCUGUUAUCGCAGACUCGCCUACAAAAUUCGAGAUCUGGUUUCGCAAGAGAAAACCAGGCGAUACAUAUACAUUGCAAUGCGCGAGUGAAGAUAUCAAGAAAGCCUGGACUGAAGAACUUAGCAACCUCCUGUGGAAGCAGGCGCUUCGAAACAGAGAAGUGCGCCUGGCGGAGAUGUCGAGCAUGGGCAUUGGGAAUAAACCGUGUUUAGAUAUAAGGCCUAGUGCGGAUCAAAUUAACGAUCGCUCUAUCAGUGUGGCUCAACUCUCUAAGACACCCAGAUUUAGAAACUCUAUAGCGGUGUCAAUGACGGAGGAUUCCAGCCGCUGCAGCAGAAGACCGCAUAGCGUAAUUUCCGUUAGUUCGUCCUCGAGCAGCGGUGGAAGCAGCGGUCCUCCCACAACGCUUAAUCUUGGAUUAGACACAAGUCCACGACCACAUCAUCGUAGUACUACAUUGAACAGCCAGUGCAGCGUUGAAAGUGGCAUUAUCGCCGAUAUCUCAAUUGUAUCGGAUGAUGGAGGUGAUGGCACUGAGAGAAGUCAUUGGAAUUCAACUUUAGAGAGUCCUACGUCGCAUCUACCUACAACUUCUACCCCUCUGCAGUCGCCCACCAGUGCGACAGCAGCAACGGUUACUCCUGCUUCCUCGACGGAUACGAAUCUCACAUCUUUUGACCAAGACAUGUCCAUUAAUCUAUAAAUUUUUCUUAAACGCCAGGAAAAAGCAAGUCUAUCAUUGAUUCACUUGCAAAUUUGUGUUACAAUUGCAAAAAACAUGUAACACAUUGUCGUGGCAUAUUUAGUUAGAUUAAUAAGUCGGUAAUAUCGUCACAAGCGUACUGUAGCACUAGAGUACAUUACAUUUUUGAGCAAUUAUAGUUUAAUGAUGUAAUGAGGAAAAUAGAAAACCGCAUGCAAUUAGCGGUAGAUCCAGCCACAUUACGCUUAACACGUAUGCCCAGCUACAAACUUGUAAACGCAUUAUAUAAACAUAGAUUCUCUUAUCCUGAAGGAUGAGGUAUCGAAUUUUAACAUUUAACUUCCAAGUGAAUCCGUCUGUGAAUCUAUCUUUUGAUACGCUUCGAAAUAUCUACAGAUUUAUGAAAUCAUAAAGUUAUUAAGCUGUUACUUAUUAUGAAGCUCAUCGAUAACUAGUUUCUGAGUAAUGGCAAUGUGUAUUUUUUUAUUCCGUCUUAUUAAUUUUAACAACGUGCUCAAGAUGACGUAAAUAUGCUCUUAUAAAUGUACCUCACGUGUCGAGGUAUGCUACAGUACCAUAAACGAUAUGCACUUAUCGCCAUCCUCAUUUAUUGGCAUUCCUGAUUACAGCAGCGGAAAAUUUCAUGAAAUUUCCGAUGACACGACGGAAGAAGAAAGAAGAGAGUUUUAUACAUUUAUUUAUAUUAUAAUAGUUAAUAAUUAGUAAUAUUUCAAUUCCACAUUGUGUUCGCGCUUAUUGUACUAUAUUGAGGAAGAUAUGAUCAUCUUAAAGGCGCAAAAAAUUCAGAAAUUGAAGAAAUAUAUUUUCCUUAAUUAUCAUCCAUUUUAUCGAUACUAUUUCGAUAAGUUGAUUAUGGAUUAUAUAUUCAGGAAUGUCAAAUCAAUGCGCACACAUACAUACCAAUUGUAAUAUAAUGUAAUAUCAAAGGUUUAUACAAUGUAACCACAAAUAAUAUAACCGAUAGUCUAUAUAUUAUUUCUAGAUUAUAUAUCAAAUAUAUAUAUUAUAUAUACAUAAUAUUAUAUUCUUUUUAUGUCAGUCAUUUGUAAAACCUUUUAUCACCUGUUGUAGUUGUAAAUUUAACUCUGGCCUGUACUCAAAAGCCAAAUUUCAUUUCUUAUAAAAUAUUACGUUUAAGAAAUAAAAUUGUUUCGAUACACGUGUGGAUAAAUGUUUUGGAACAGCUUAAGAUCGACUAGAAUGGUAAGCUUGCCUUAAGACAAUCCACACUUCGUAUUCCAAUAUUUUCUUUCAGAAAUUAAUUCAACUAUGCAGAAUCGCUCGUAUAUUCUUGUUUAACGGCUACUUGAAAAUAUUCCUUGUAAGUAUAAUAGUGUGUUAGUGUUAUAAACAGUUGUAUAACUUGCAAUUAAAUAAUUUUAAAAAAUAUUUGAUGAACGAAAAAAUUAAAAUCAAUUUUGAGGAUUUAGAUAAUAGUCAGUUUAUUCAAAUAAACGUAAUUGAAAUAGUAGCUGUUUGUCAAUAUGUGAUUCUGCAUUGUUACACAUUUGCUUCCAAAUAAGUUGGUUAAUCAGCCAUCUUUAUUGCCAAGGUCUGUCGAGGUAUUGUAAGUGUACCUUAUAGAUAGUGACCAAACUGUUUAUUUUAUAUCUUUUGCGUAAGGAUGAAAGUUGCAAGUAUUUAGAAGUGUAUAUGUAGAUCAUAGAGUAUUACAAAGAAUUUUGGCACAGUCCGAUGCACCCUAUUUUAUUACGAAUUAUAUUUAAUCGCAAUUUAUAAUUAUUUUCAAUCAAAAGUAAUUAAUUGCGUUUACCUGAAUUUAAAUUAUGACAUAAGUAUGCCAUAUGUACAUCGGUGCACCUGGCUGAGCAUCCCCAGCUUCGAAAGUAAAACUAAGCGAAAGAAAGUAAACAAUCUCUAUUUUCCACACGUCUGUGAAUGCGUGUUUGGUGUUGCUUUUGAAUUAGGGAUGUUGGAGUAACAAUAAUAACAACAUAGUACCUUAUAAGAAAAUACCUUAUAAGAAAAUAUACCGAUAGUCUUCACUUAAUAUUACACGUUUUUAGAUAUUUAUUAAUAUUUUUUUAAGACAUUUUAGUCUCUAGAUUAAAUAUUUCCAUUACAAAUAAAAUGUAUAUAUUAAUAACACACGAUUAUUUCAGUAUUGUACCGUGUCUAACACUGAUGUAUUUUAUUACUUGCUAAAUAUACUGUAUUGGUGCCUUUUGUAGAGAACUCAAAUCUUUUUUAUUGAAUGUUAUCACACCGCAUUAUUUACCACAUAUGUCUACCAUUUUCCAGUAUGUAAUUAUUUGCCAGAAUAAAUAUUUCGAUGUUUUA